AAAUUUCAUUUUUGGGUGAACUAACCCUUUAAGAUGAUUUUUCUCUCAGCAGGGCAAUUUAGGUACAGUAGAGUUCUUCGAAUCAUUCUUUAAUCUAUAAUAGAGAGGAGGAUAUUUUGCAUAAAACAUUAUGAAGUGAAAAUAACCUUGAGAAAAUGUACUAUAGGCUAACUUUUUUAUUAUACCUGACGCGAUUCAAUGAUACAGCUGUUCACCUUUGAACCACAAUAGUUAAAGCUCGCUAAGUGUCAUAAUUGAAUCAGUGUCACCAGUAGUGGGGUCAGAGUUGAUGGUACAAAUUAAUUCAGCUCCUCUGAUGUGCACGUGCUUUUACACUCUAGCCAAGAUAAUUAGCAUUUCUAAUAUGACUGUGCUACAUCAGUGCCAGUUUGAUGAAUUACCGUCCGGUGUUGGCUCGCCAUGCCUGCCAGCGACACUCCGGCAAACCUGCACGUGCUAUAAUAUAGGAAAAUGUCACCUCCCCUUUCUGCAGUCCACGCUGCUGAAAAAAUGCUGCUUUUCGCACCGUCUCAGCUUUCUGCACAAACCAUUCGCCAAAAAGAAAACAGAGUGUUCAUUUCCAUAUUACCUUUUCCAACAAACUCCGCCCGUCUCCUCCUUCCUCAUGGCGAGGCUGGCUGAUGCUGAUGCGAGCGUAUAGUUAACAUCUUCUCAUUCACUCCCUCUGGCGCCACACGUCCAUGUGCGGCUCUGAUCAUUCUUCAUUCUUUUCUCUCUCUAUCUAUCCUCCCAGUGUAUAAUAUAGUCUUCGCUUUUCACAGACAGCCUAUUUCCCUCCUUAAAAUGCCAUUGCUGGAACCAGGCAUUUUAUAUUUUCUCUAGUGUUCGGAAUUAUGUGAAUGGGCUGCAGUUGGUGUUACCAAACAUCUCGAAGAUCUUUCGUCGACCACUUUUUAAUUCGAAUCGCGUCUUCGUUCACGUCUCAUCUUGAACGUAAGACGCUCUUUUGUCUCGCCGCGAGAUUUUCUUAAAAAUCAGUCUCGCCUCGAGUCUACAACUUGAUUGGAUUUGUGUUUGUUAGUUGUUUGUAUUGUUUGAACUGUCAGAUCAAGAACUGCACCGCUGUACAGCUCGCGCGCAUCACCGCUGCUCCGUGGAGACAUGAGCCGCGCGCACCGAGCUCAUUCACUGUGAAUUAAACCGAACUACAGCAAGUCAACAGCCAGUGUCCACCGGAAUCCACACACCGUCUUUGUACAAACUUGUUAUUUUUCGCACUGCCUAUACAAGAGCUACCCAACAAAAUGAACCUCUGUUAACGUACGUCUUUCUGUCAGAGCAGAGGUUCAUUGAUCGUCAACUCUGCGACUGGUGGACACAGGAACCACUACACUGCAACCAUGCUUCAUUUGAGCCUUCCGUCAACCCCUUUCUCCUUUACUCCUUGCCUUUCCUCUUUCCUCCUCCUGAUCUUCCUCUCGGGCCUCACUCAUCUGUCUCAGGCCAGUGGUGACACAUCCCACAGCAGCCCAGGAAACUGUUCAGGGGAGGACAGCUGCUCUGAGGGCGUCGUCCUCCCGGUGUGGAACCCCCAGAACCCCUCUGUUGGCGACAAGGUGGCACGUGCCAUUGUCUACUUUGUGGCCCUCAUCUACAUGUUCUUAGGCAUGUCCAUCAUCGCAGACCGGUUCAUGUCAUCCAUCGAGGUGAUUACAUCUCAAGAGAAGGAGAUAACAAUCAAGAAACCCAACGGCGAGACCACCACAGCAACCGUGCGCAUCUGGAACGAGACCGUGUCCAACUUGACCCUCAUGGCUUUGGGAUCGUCGGCCCCUGAGAUCCUGUUAUCUGUGAUCGAGGUCUGCGGACACAAGUUUGAGGCUGGUAACCUGGGCCCAAGCACAAUUGUGGGCAGCGCUGCCUUCAACAUGUUCAUCAUCAUCGCCAUUUGUGUUUACGUGGUCCCAGACGGUGAGGUGCGAAAAAUCAAGCACUUGAGGGUCUUCUUUGUGACCGCAGCCUGGAGCGUGUUCGCCUACAUUUGGCUGUACCUGAUCCUGUCUGUCAUCUCUCCCGGUGUGGUGGAAGUCUGGGAGGCCGUCCUUACCUUUCUCUUCUUUCCGCUUUGUGUGGUUCAGGCCUGGAUCGCCGACCGUCGCUUGCUCUUUUACAAAUAUGUCCACAAGCGCUACCGUGCUGACAAACACCGUGGUAUCAUCAUUGAGACGGAGGGUGACGGCAUGUUCAGCAAGAUGGAUAUGGAAAUGGACGGCCAAGGUGCCAAUUCCCACCACAAGGAGGCACUUGAUGGCAUGCUGGCUGGUGUGGAGGAAGGAGGUGGUGGAGGAGGUGGAGGGGAGGAAGAAGAGGCCAGGAGGGAGAUGGCUCGUACGCUGAAGGAGCUCAAGCAGAGACACCCGGAGAAGGACAUGGAGCAGCUGAUCGAGAUGGCAAACUAUCAAGUGCUGGUGCAACAGCAGAAGAGCCGAGCUUUCUAUCGCAUCCAGGCCACUCGCAUGAUGAUCGGAGCGGGGAACAUCCUGAAGAAGCAUGCUGCAGACCAGGCCAGGAAGGUGGUGAGCUGCCAUGAGUCUAAUGCCCAGGAAGAAGACCCUCACACCAUCUACCUGGAGUUUGAGCCUUCCCAUUAUCAAUGCUUUGAAAACUGCGGCUCCUUGAAGCUCUCCGUGACCCGACAUGGUGGAGACAGUGGCUGCACUGUUAAGGUUGACUAUCGCACAGAGGAUGGCACCGCUAACGCAGGAUCAGACUAUGAAUUCGCCGAGGGCACUCUGGUCUUUAAACCGGGUGAGACUGUGAAGGAGCUGACAGUCGGCGUGAUUGACGAUGACAUAUUCGAGGAAGAUGAGCACUUCUACGUACAUCUCAGCAACCCUCGAGUUGUCCACCGUGCUGAGGUCUCCAUCCUCGACCCUAAUGCGGUGUCUCCAGGCAACAGCAUUAUGGGGUCCAGCCACGUUCCUCCCAAAGCUGCCUUGGGUAACGCGCACACUGCCACGGUGACCAUUUACGAUGAUGACCACGCAGGUAUCUUUACGUUCGAGAGCAAUUCCACACGAGUGAGUGAAAGCGUGGGCAUCAUGCAGGUGAAGGUUCACAGAACAUCUGGAGCGAGGGGGAAGGUGGCAGUACCGUUUCACACUACAGAGGGUACCGCCAAAGCUGGAGAAGACUAUGAAGAGGUGGCUGGCAAACUGGAGUUCCUCAAUGAUGAGACCAUGAAGAUCCUGGAGGUGAAGAUCAUUGAUGAUGAGGAGUAUGAGAAGAACAAAACCUUCACCAUCCACCUGGGGGAGCCGGUGCUGCUGGAGAUCGGGCAGAAACACGGUGACUCUAAUGAUAACAAACCGGCGGUGGGGGCUGAGGAAGAGGAGGUGGCCAAGAUGGGGUGUCCGAGUCUGGGAGAGCACACCAAACUGGAGGUGGUCAUAGAGGAAUCCUAUGAGUUUAAGAAUACCGUCGACAAACUAAUAAAGAAGACUAACCUGGCGCUUGUGGUGGGCAGCAGUAGCUGGAGAGAACAGUUUGUCAGCGCUGUCACUGUCAGUGCAGGUGAUGAUGAUGAGGAGGAGAGCGGGGAGGAGCGCUUGCCCUCAUGCUUUGAUUACAUCAUGCACUUCCUGACAGUUUUCUGGAAGGUUCUGUUUGCCUUUGUUCCACCUACGGAGUACUGGAAUGGCUGGGCCUGCUUCUUUGUCUCCAUCAUGCUCAUUGGGGCCCUAACUGCUGUUACUGGAGAUUUGGCAUCUCACUUCGGUUGUACAGUAGGCCUGAAGGACUCAGUCACAGCUGUGGUGUUUGUGGCUCUGGGCACAUCUGUGCCGGACACAUUUGCCAGCAAGGUGGCAGCCAUCCAGGACCAAUACGCAGAUGCGUCCAUUGGAAAUGUGACAGGUAGUAAUGCAGUUAACGUCUUCCUGGGUAUCGGAGUGGCGUGGACCAUCGCUGCUGUGUACUGGCACAGUCAGGGCAAAACAUUCCAGGUCCCGCCUGGCUCGCUGGCGUUCUCCGUCACCCUCUUCACCAUCAUGGCACUGCUGUGUGUUCUGACACUACUGUACCGCCGCCGGCCCUCUGUAUCCGGGGGCGAGCUGGGGGGCCCGAGAACCGCCAAGCUGCUCACCACGUUCCUCUUCUUCGUUAUGUGGCUCAUCUACAUCCUGCUGUCCUCGCUGGAGGCCUACUGCCACGUGCCUGGCUUCUGAGAAAGUUCAUAAGGAAGAUGUACUCUUCUCUGUACAACCCCCAUCAUUCUUCCUCUCUGCUUUUGUGUAUAUGAGAAGUCUAAAAUGAGUGUUUACAUGGGUUCUUUCUGAUAAUUAUCAUUGUUGAAAUUGAACUUGCAUCCUUUCACUCACACUGAUGUGGAUAUCUAGAUGAGUGUCCGUGAAGGAUGAUACAGGCUCUGUGGUUUCAUGCACAGCUUCUCUUUAUAGAUGAAUCUCUCUUACAAGGUGUCUACCACCACCUGGAUAUUCAGACACAGCAACUCUCCAGAAUACUCUCCAGAGAGCCCCCUCAGCGUUUUUCUUGCUUCACUGCUGUUUUUUUCCAAGGAUGGUCUCUUACGGCUCACUUCGAUAUUCUUUCAGAAAUCCCUCUUCUAUCAUUUCUUGCUUCCCUCCCAUUCGCUGUCAAUGGACUCAUUCCCACUGCAGAGAUUUGGGCAUGCUUCACACCUCUACCUACCCUCAAGACAUGAACACUCUGUUUCAUCUGUCUUCUCUCGCCUGUUACUGCAGUUCCCCAUAGACCUUCAUACCACACUAUCACUUUUCAUAUCUCACAACUAUAGUUUCAGUGAGGGCUUAGCCUUCCCAAAUUGACUCCGCCCCCAAUAUAACCUUUAUCAGUAAUCCCUAAGCAAAUUCUACUCAAACAACAUCACCUCUGACCAUGCCCAAUGAUACCUCCACCACAUCUACUUCAACUUUGACCCAUCCCCCAAUAAUAAUUCAACUUUCUCACUAUUAACCCUGCCUUAGUAUUUUCUAAACUGCAGAUUUAUCAUCAUUGACCCCGCCCUAACACUACUUAUACUGCACUUUUUGACCAAUGAUCCCGCCCCCAAUAUUUCAUCAUCACUACACACCAUACCUUUUUCAUCUCUGGCCCCACCUUAAUAUUACCACACCUUAUUUACAUAUGACCCCCAACACAACAAACACCCUCUUCACUUCUGACCUCGUGCCAUGCCUUCUCCAUCUCUGCCCCCACGCCUAAACUAUCUACGCCACAACUUCUUUACAUAUGACCCCCUCCCCCCAUAUGCCACACUUUUCACCACUAAGCCCACCCCUACAUUACCUAUAUCACACAUUUUUACCUCUCAUCCUGCCCCAUCGCAACCUACAUCAUACCCCACCAUAUUUCAACUUUGACCACAUCUACAUAUAUCACACUUCUUUAUCUGUGACCAAACCCCAAUAUUAUACACUGUAUACGACCUUCUUUACAUUUGACACCACCCUCGACAGAACAUAUCAUUUCGCCUACUUUUUAGUUUAUUUUUUUGGUCAAAUGCUGGUGUUGUAAAGCUGGUGUUUUUUUUUAUCAUACUACUGAAAGUUAAUUAUAAGGUCAAGAGAAGGAAUUUAGGGAGAAAAGAUACAUUUGUUUUUCAUGCUUUUCUGGCUCUUUUUGUUGAACGUGAACAAAACCAGAAGAGAUACACAUUUUGCAUGGCACAACAUUAGUGGUAGAAGUUGAAUGGAGACCAAAAGAAAUAGUUUAACAUUGACAUAAGAACCAAGGUGUUGGUGUUUAUUCAUGUGAUAUUUAUUGAUAUUUAUUAUUAUGAGCUAUGUAUUUUGUGGGGAAAUAUUGUAAGCUGUAUGUGUGUGAGAGCAUGUAUUCGAAUGGAUGAGUGCAACAGAUUUGACGAAACAAAUGAGUGUUGUGUUCUAAUCUGUCGGUGUUCAAAGUAUUUGUAUAUGAGUAUGAGUGUCUUAAUGUAUGCAAGUGUUGAAUUUUAUAUGAAUUAAAGGGUUAGUUCACCCAAAAAUGACAUUUCUGUCAUUAAUAACUCACCCUUUUGUCGUUUCACAGCCGUAAGACCUUCGUUCAUCUUCGAAACACAAAUUAAGAUAUUUUUGAUGAAAUCCGAGAGGUUUUUUUUUUAAUCUCCCGUAGAAAGCAACGUAAUUACCAUCAUUCAAGG